AUGUGGCUGCCCCUGCUCCUCCUUGUUGGGUUCCUGGAAUUUCACUACACAGGCCCAUUCCUGCUGCGUCUGGCGGGGGGCCCCAGUGAGUGCGUGGGGCGUGUGGAGAUCAACUACAAGGGCCGCUGGGGCUCGGUGUGUGACGACGAGUGGGACCUGACCGACGCAGCCGUGGUGUGCAGGCAGCUGGGCUGCGGCACUGCACUCUCUGCCCCGGUGGGCGCCUGGUUUGGGGAGGGCACUGGCCCCAUCUGGCUCAAUGAGGUGCGGUGCCAGGGCUCAGAGCAACAUCUGCGCCACUGCCGCCACCGGGGCUGGCGCCAGCAUGUCUGCAGCCAUGAGGAGGAUGCCAGUGCUGUGUGCUCAGCCCACCGCUUCCUGCCUGUCAUCACCUCCGAGCCCUCGGUGCAGCCGGCCCUUGGGGACCACAGACCCCCAGCACAGAGCACAGCCAGGCCGGCUUCCACCACACCAGAGCACAGUGAAUUGAGCCAAAAGAAAUCUGAUGAGGUUCAACAAGCACAAGUGCAGAGUCCUGUACUUAGGACGGGCGCCCCCCUGCGGCUCGUGGGGGGCCCCCACAGCUGCGCUGGGCGUCUGGAGGUGCUUCACGGGAGCCAGUGGGGCUCAGUGUGUGAUGACGGCUGGGGGCUGCUGGAGGGUGCCGUGGUGUGCCGGGAGCUGGGCUGUGGUGCAGUUCAGGCUGCCCCCGGGGGGGCGCAUUUUGGGACUGGCACUGGCCCCAUCUGGCUGGAUGACGUGGGCUGCAGUGGGAAGGAGAUGUCCCUGCGGCAGUGCCGGGCACGGCCCUGGGGGCGCACCAACUGCCAGCACGACGAGGACGCCAGCGUCAUCUGCACAGGGGGUCCUGUGCUGCGGCUGGUGGGUGGCACCAGUUCCUGCUCCGGGCGGCUGGAGGUUUUCCACCAGGGCCGCUGGGGCACAGUGUGCGAUGACAUGUGGGCACUGCCAGGCGCGGCUGUGGUGUGCCGGGAGCUUGGCUGCGGGGACCCACUCUCUGCUCCCAGGGGGGCCUUUUUUGGUGAGGGCAGCGGUCCCAUCUGGCUGGACAACGUGCGGUGCCAGGGCAAUGAGUCGGCACUGAGCCGGUGUCUGGCUGCACCAUGGGGCGUGCACGACUGCCAGCAUGCGGAGGAUGCUGGUGUGGUGUGUACAGACGAGUUGGCCCAUGUGAGGCAGCGCUUUGCCAAGCCCAUGGCCCCACAGCCACAAAUGCAGAAGCCACGAAUGCAGAAGCCACGGACGCAGAAACCACGGAUGCAGAAGCCCCGACCCCGGCCCCCUUCAGCGGCACGGGAGGCGACACAAGCACCAGCCCAGGUAUCCCCACAGGCAGUGCUACCAGCCCAGGCUGUGACAGAUGCUGCCAUGCGUGUGAACAGGCCCAAGGAUGGGCUCCGUCCAGAACGGCCUGGAGCCCUGGGGGUGCAGCGCCUCAUCCCGAAGAACCGGCGGCCUCGCCCCAAACCAUUGCAGACACGCACAGACGCCGUCCAGCUCCAAGCUCCUGUUGCCACCCCCACCCUCAGGGUCCGCGCUGGGGCCCGAACUGACCCCCACAUGCCUCGUCCCCCACGCCGGCCUGGGGACAGCAUCCUGACGACUGUGGCCUCCGCAACCCAGCCUCCUAGCCAGCCCAACAGCGCCUGGAUGGACCCAGCCUCCUCCACCCCCACAACCACCCCCCCUCCUGGCCAGUCCUACAGCAUCUGGACCAGCUCAGCCUCCCCUACUCCCACCCCUCCUCCCAGCCAGCCCCACAGCACCUGGACUGGCCCAGCCUCCCCUACCUCUACCUCCACAACCACCCAUCCUCCUGGCCAGCCCCACAGCACCCGGAUGUACCUGGCCUCCCCUACCCCCAUCCUCACAAGCACGCACCAUCCCAGCCAGCCCCAGAGAGCCUGGACCAGCCUAGCCUCCCCCAUCCCCACAACCACUCCCCUUUCCAGCCAGCCCCACAGCACCCAGAUGGGCCUUGUCUCCCCUAAUAUCACCCACAUCCUCACAAUGACCCACAGAGCCCAAACAGACCCAAGCUUCCCCAUUCCAGCAACCACCCAGUCUCUGAACAUGCCCCACAGCAUCUGGCCAGGCCUGGCCCCCACCUCUCCCUCCUACACAACCACCCAGCUUCCUAGCCAGACCCACACCACUCGGAUGGGCCCAGCUCCCUCCGACCCCACAACCACCCAGCCUCAGGACGAGACCCACAGCGCCCGGACGGCUCCCUCCCACCCCACAACCACCCAGCCUCAGGACGAGACCCACAGCACCCGGCUGGGCCCAGCUCUCUCUGACCCCACAACCACCCAGCCUCAGGACGAGACCCACAGAGCCCAGAUGGGCCCAGCUCCCUCCCACCUCACAACCACCCAGCCUCAGGACGAGACCCACAGCACCCGGAUGGGCCCAGCUUCCUCUGACCCCACAACCACCCAGCCUCAGGACGAGACCCACAGCGCCCGGACGGCUCCCUCCCACCCCACAACCACCCAGCCUCAGGACGAGACCCACAGCGCCCGGACGGCUCCCUCCCACCCCACAACCACCCAGCCUCAGGACGAGACCCACCGCCCCUGGAUGGGCCCAGCUCCCUCCCACCCCACAACCACCCAGCCUCAGGAUGAGACCCACAGUGCCCAGAUGGGCCAAGCUCCCUCCCACCCCACGACCACCCAGCCUCAGGACGAGACCCACAGCCCCCGGACAGGCCCAGCUCCCUCCCACCCCACAACCACCCAGCCUCAGGACAAGACCCACAGCGCCCGGAUGGGCCCAGCUCCCUCCCACCCCACAACCACCCAGCCUCAGGAUGAGACCCACAGCACCUGGAUGGGCCCAGCUCCCUCCCACCCCACAACCACCCAGCCUCAGGACGAGACCCACAGCGCCUGGAUGGACCCAGCUCCCUUCCACCCCACAGCCACCCAGCCGCAGGAUGAGACCCACAGCGCCCAGAUGGGCCCAGCUCCCUCCCACCCCAUAACCACCCAGCCGCAGGAUGAGACCCACCGCGCCCGGAUGGGCCCAGCUCCCCCACACCCCACAACCGCCCAGCUGCAGAAUGAGACCCACAGCACCCGUAUAGGCCCGGCCUCUCCCUCCCAGCCCCAGGGCGAGCUUCCUGGUACUCGGACACUGUAUGCCAGCCCAGCAGUUAAUGGGACAGGUUGUGCCAAGACACCUGCAACGCCCUGGCUCCCAGGCACCCCGGCUGCACAGACAGGCUACGAAUCCCCUCAGCUGCGGGAACUGAUCCAGGUGGUGCGGGCGCUGCGGGGGGACCUGCGUGCCCUCGUCCAUACCCAGCGGCAGGAGCGCCCCCUGCUGGGUGCCAUUGCUGGCAGCCUGGCCGAGCUGGCGGGGGCUGUACAGCAGCUGGUAGUGGAGCUGCCCAGCCAGGUGCUUCGGGGGCAGAGCCAGCCCCUCACUCCAGCGUGGCGUAGGCAGGGCCCUGCACCCCCCACUAACAGCCUCACCUGA